AUGUUAAUAUUUGCACUAUUGUUCAUCUCGGUUGAAUUUACGUUAGGAAAACUAAAGGUGAUUGCUCCAGAAGAGUUAAAAUAAGAAUUAAGUCAAAACAAUGGAGAAAUAACAUUUAGUAUUGCUAAUUUUGGGUAAGUUUUGAAUAUACAGAUCAAUAUAGAAAUGUUCCUUGGGGUCGUAGAUUAAAAGGAACACUUGAUAUUUCACAUCCUAUAGAAGCUUGUUCAGAAAUCAAUUCGACUGUAAAAAGUCACUUUGUAUUAAUAAAAAGAGGGAAUUGUUCUUUCGUAACAAAAGUUAGGCAUGCUUAAAAUGCAGGAUAUUAAUUAGCAAUUAUUGAAGAUAAUAAGGCAGAAAUAAUAGACAACAUAACUAUGUCUGAUGAUGGAACUGGAUAUGGAGUAAUAGAUAUGAUAUAAUUUAGUUAUAAAUCCCUAGUAUUUUUAUCUCUAAAUCAGAUGGAUAAAUUUUAACAAAAUAUUUAACAAUUCCAAAAGCAAACCUCGAAGUAGAUUAAGUUCAAUUAAUAAUUAAAUUUGAUGUUCGUUAAUAAGAAAGAGUUGAAGCUUUAUUUGCCCUAUCUAUACCAUCAGGAGAAACAUAUAAAUUUAUAAGAGAGUUUUAACCUUAUUAUGAAAAACUAAAGAAUGAAAAAUGUAUUAAUUUUAAUUUUAUUAUUCUUUAGUUAACUUCACAAUCCUAUAUCCAGUAUAUCAGAUUGUUUCUAGACCAAAUAAACCAAUUGAAUAUCAAAAUUGUAUAUCUUAUGGUAAAUAUUGUUCACAAGAUCCUGAUGGAUCAGGUAUUGCAACAGGUAAUAUGAUUGUUGAAGAAACUCUGAGAUAAUUAUGUAUUUUUAGUCAAAGCAUAGAUAAAUGGUUUGAUUACAUGGUAAACAUUAUUGAAAAUUUAGUUAUCAUUCAGAGAUAAUUGUACAACAGCUUAAGAAUAUGAAACUUGCUCUCCUAAAGUCUAAACAGAAGUUGGAAUCGAUAAUUAAAAAGUUGAAAAAUGCAUAAGAGAUUAACAAGUAACUAAUCACUUGACGAUAAAAAAUGAAUAAAAAUCAUAUAAGGUAAAUAAUCUUUUAGAAGAAUAAUUAACUUUGUGGAAUGCUGCUGGUGUAUAAUAAUUACCAGGAAUCAUCAUUAAUUAUUAAGAUUAUUUAGGAUAAAUCACUGGAUUAAAUGUUUUUUUGGAUAUUUGUUAUAGUUUUUAAACUCCACCAGAAGUUUGCGGCAAACAUGUUGAUGGCUUAAUACUCUAAACAGAUUCAUCAACAAAUCUUUAUUUGACUAUUGCCAUUAUUCUUGUAGUUAUGAUCAUAUUUUUUGUACUGUUAUUCUGUGUUUAUACUAAAUUAAUUAGAAAAGAGUUUAAGGAGAGCAGUUAAUCAUAAGUCAAUGAAAUGGUGACUUAAUACAUUCAAUUCUACGAAUCCAAAGAUAAAAAAAAAUAAGAUGCUAUAUGAAAAAAUCAUAAUUUUUUUUUUUAAAUAAUCGCAU